GCGCGCCAUUCACCACCCAGCUACUGCUUUCACAGCCUCAAUAGGGGACGUCAGAUUGGGCUUGGCGGUGUCGUGUGCCCUUCAUCCCCGGGCUUUGCUUCCGUUGACGCCCCGGGUAGGCUUUCUACUCUUGAAGUGUCUUCCCGCCAACUACCUUGUCUUGCAUAACGCGUCAACAGUGACCGCAGCAACUGUAGGAGUGACGCCGGAUUCGGCCUUUUACCUUGCUGCGCACGGCGAUCCACCCUCUAUGCGCUCGCUUCAUUAAGCGGCUUGGGACGUUUCGCGCCUCGUUGGCAUACACUCUUGAUUUCACCAAUUCCUCCUUUGCUGUCGCUACGCAACUCCUCGCAAACAUGAAGACGCUCAGAGGCGUGAGCUUGCCCUCGGUACGACUCAUUACAUCAUACAUCUUCGACUGGAUCGUCAUUGUCGCAAUAGCAGCCGUUGGCGCUGGAUGGGAAUAUGUCGAGCCCUUCCACCGUCCCUUCUCCCCAGUCGAUCUCUCGAUAGCGUACCCCCACGAAAACCACGAGACAAUCCCAACAUGGCUCCUUAUCGUCGUCGCACUCCUCGCGCCCGCCGGCAUCAUCUUCUUCGUUUGCUUGCUGUUCGUGCCAGGGCCAACGGCUGAACGAGGAACGCCAAAGUCGCUCAUUUGGCGGAGGAAGCUCUGGGAAUGGAACACGGGAUGGAUGGGCUUGGCUUUGUCUCUCGCGACGGCUUUCAUGAUUACCCAAGGCAUGAAGAACCUAUUCGGCAAGCCCCGACCUGAUUUGCUGUCGCGUUGUCAACCAGAUUUGUCGCCCGGUGCCAUUAAGAGAGCCGCCAUCAACCCUAUAGGAGAGAUAUUCAACGAGAACUGGGUACUCGUAACUUCAGCCAUCUGCACGACUAAGGACGAGGACCUCUUGAAGGACGGAUUCAAGUCGUUUCCCAGCGGCCACGCCAGCUUUUCAUGGGCUGGUCUGCUUUACCUUACUCUCUUCCUCGCCUCUAAAUUCUCUGUGGCAAUUCCAUUCCUUCCACCUCGCCCAUACAGUACAAACCCGGCACACACGUCCGCCGUAGCCCCCUCCAACUUCAAAAAGCUCUCAGCGCUGCCCUUCCACAAGCAAGAGUCCACACUCUCCACGCCAACCUACACCGAAGAACACAUUGUACCUAUUCGCUACCAAAACGCCGCGCCUCCCGUUUAUACUCUCGUCCUGAUCCUCGUGCCCGUUGGAUCCGCAAUCUAUAUCGCGAGCACACGCUUCACCGACUUCCGUCACUUCGGGUUCGAUCUCCUCUUUGGUAGUCUGAUUGGUAUCACGACAGCUUGGUUCAGUUUCCGAUUCUACCACCUUCCCAUUACUCGCGGAGCUGGAUGGGCAUGGGGACCACGAAGCUAUCAACGCGCGUGGGGUAUUGGUGUCGGCAGGGGUUCAUACGUUGGGACUGAGGGCUGGAACAGGGCUGGGAAGUCGGAGACGGCGCCGAGAAAUAAUGGGAACGAACUCAGGCCUGAGGACGAGGUGGAAUUGAGGGAUCAUGCCGGUGUUUUCAAUAACCAUGAUGAGAGGAGGGGCGAUCUGCCUGCAUUGCAUGCUCCUGGUCAGGCUGUGUAGCUUUCAUGUAUGCGUGUAUGAUUAUCUGAGGAGGCGUUGGACAACCCUUUGUUUUUUAAUCAAAAUUUCAGGAGAAGGAUGUCGAGGAUUGUAUACCAUGGUAGAUAAUAGUUCUCUCUCUAGCUUUUUAAACGAACAUACUACAUUAUUGAUCUCGAGUGCAAAAUCUUGAAUAGCCUCAACUCCAUGAAACUUACACAGUAACAGUCUCUAGGGUAAAGAGCACGGAGCAAUAUAUUGAAGUUAGACGAACGAUCAGGAUACCCCAUUUACUCAGCAUGUUGUACUCAUUAAACUGCCUAUUCCCUACAGUUGUUUUCU